CCAACUCACAAUCGAUACAUUUGGUCGAACUGUGUUCAUCGGCUGACACAUUAGCUUGUGUAACAGUUUUUGGUUUUUUACCACGCAUAAUAUUUUAACGUAACGGCGUUUUAAAAUGUUUAAAAUAUUCGCGACCGUGACGUGUUUAACGGCUCUAGCAUUAGCCGUCAUCGGGCAGACGGAUUAUCACGACGACGAGCGUCAAGGCAGAGGAUGGAAUAUGCUGGAGGGAGCCAAACGUUCGUGCGUCGGGAUGAACGGCAGACCCGGGAUUUGUAUGGGCCAAAGCGAGUGUACAGAAGUUAACGGAAAAUCAGUGGGCAGGUGUUUCCCGUUCGAUUCUUGCUGUUCAGUUACGCCUAAUUCAUGUGGUGGAUUUUCGAGUUCAAGCACGGCAUAUUUCCAAAGCCCAGAGAAAUUCCAGGACGUUUGCUCGUACAAGAUCAACGUCAGACGAAAUGUAUGCCAACUAAGAAUCGACUUCGAGAGGUUUUCACUCGGCCAACCGACCAAUCAGACGUCAGAAUCUGCAUAUACAUGUGAACGUGACGAGUUUACAUUAAUUUCGAACGACGACACCAAAAUAAACGUGCCUGUUUUAUGCGGUGAAAAUUCCGGCCAACACGUGUACGUGCCCGUAAACCAGCAGCAGUCUGACUCGAAAAACAACAACUACAACAACAAGCAACAAAUAACAUUAAAAUUCCGACUGACUGCAAGGGAUGAAGACUAUACAGACCCAGAACCAUAUUGGAAAUUAAAAAUCUCGCAAUUGGAAUGCCAAACGACGUCGACCAACUGGUGGAAGAUCAAAGACAUCGCACGUCAAGUCUGGGAUUGGGAAGAUGAGGAAAGAGAUGCUACAAGAUCCAAGUAUAGCCUAGCGCCAGAAGGUUGUUUACAAUACUUUACUGACAAACACGGUUCAUUCGAAAGCUUCAACUACAACAAAGGGAUGGGACACUAUUUGGGAAAUUUAAAUUAUGCGACAUGCUUCAGAAGGAACCAAGACACAUGCGGAAUCAAAUACGAGGCAGUGAGAUUCCAAGUGGCGUACAACCAGAGGCUGACCGGUUCUACGGACCGAGACUGCGAUACGGUUCCAGCCGGCGAGUCCGAACAGACCACGUCGACUUCGGGAACCACACAGCCGUCCACCGGGACCACUCAAGCUUCUGCAGAAACCACUCAGGCUCCCACGGAAACCAUUCAGCCAUCGAGCUCGACCGAAGAAGUGCCAAACGGACGCAGCAGCAGGAAACGGUCAUCCGAACGCGGCGACUACUUGCUCAUACCGGACGGCCUUUAUUCGAGCUCGCGGUUCGCGUCGAAAUAUUGUGACAAGUCGCUGGAAAACGUCGAUGACAGCACAGUCAAGACUCAAGGACCCCUGUACGUGGCCUUUGUCAGCGACGAUUACUCUAAUCCAAACGAAGAUGUGGAAAAGGGAUACAAGAUAAAUUAUUCAUUGACAAACACUGGAUGUUAAACAUUAUACAAUUAUAAUUCUAUAAUUCUAUUUAUUUUAAACACUAACAAAAGCAUUUAAGUAUGCGAUUAUUAUAAUACUAUAAUUUUAUAUUAUUAUAUACUUAUUUAUUCGAAAUCAAA